AUGGGGGGCUCUUCUGCUUCUCCUGCGUCGAGCUCCGAGCGACUCGCCCAGAUCCACGGUCAGCUCAGUGACCAAAGCCCCAGAGACAAGGAGAUACAAGACGUCUACAUAUUGAGCGCCGCGCGGACGCCAACGGGAAAGUUUAUGGGAGCUCUUUCCACGGUCUCUGCUCCCAAUCUAGGUGCCGUCGCCAUCAGGGCGGCAGUUAGCAAGUCCAACGUGCCCCCUCACAAGAUCACCGGUGUAUAUUUCGGCAAUGUUCUUCAAGCGGGAGUUGGCCAGGCACCAGCGCGACAAGCCACCCUGUUGGCAGGCCUUAGCUCCAGUACAGAAUCCAUCACGGUGAACAAGGUCUGCUCCUCCGGGCUCAAGGCCGUGGUUCUGGCGGCACAGAGCAUUCAGCUAGGGCUGGCUGAAGCUCAAGUCGCUGGCGGUAUGGAGAGCAUGUCCAGCGUUCCUUACUACCAUCCCAGGGCGUCGCAGAUGCCCAAAUAUGGAGACGUAAAGAUACAGGAUGGCCUCGUUGAGGACGGCUUACUAGACAAAUACAACCAAAUCCAUAUGGGUGUGUGUGCCGAAAAGGCUGCUGAGAAAUAUGGUAUCAGUAGGGAAGACCAGGAUGCGUAUGCAAUACGGAGCUUUGAAAGGGCCCAGGCAGCAUGGAAGGCCGGCAAGUUCGAAGACGAGAUUGCUCCUGUGACGGUAAGCAAUAAGGGAGGCAACAUGGUCGUCACAGAGGAUGAAGGUUAUAACAACCUGAAGAAAGACAAAGUGCCGACCCUAAAGUCUGCUUUCGUCCCCGGUGGAUCAGUAACAGCUGCCAACUCCUCUCUCAUGAGCGACGGUGCAAGUGCGGUGGUGCUUGGAAGCAAGGCGAUAGCACAAAUGUUUGGCCGAGGGAGUCGGGUCCUCGCAAGAAUCGUCAGCUCUGCGGACGCUGCGCUCGACCCAGUCGAGUAUCCAGUGGCCCCCGCGAAGGCGAUCUUGCUGGCACUGGAAAGGGCCCAAUUGCAAGUAAGUGACAUCGCAAUCUGGGAGAUCAACGAGGCGUUUGCUGCCGUCGUGAAGGCAAAUGAGCAGGUAAGCCCCGUCUACACAAUCCACAACCCACGGCUCCUGCGGAUGAUGCUAAGACCAGUUCCACAUCAGAUCCUCGGUCUACAAGACGCAAAGCUCAACGUUCUGGGAGGCGCAAUUGCCCUCGGACACGCCCUGGGAAGCUCAGGUGCAAGGAUCCUGACCACAUUACUGCAUCAACUGCGCAUUGGUGACUAUGGCCUGGCUGCUCUUUGUAAUGGCGGAGGCGGAGCCACCGCAAUCAUUGUCCAUAGGGUGGACAGUGUCUGA